AUGAGAUUGUCACUAGGUGAAAAUAACAACAUACAAGAACUCAGAAAUUUUGCAGAAUGGCUACUCAAAAUUGGUGAUGGUUUGGCUGGUGAUGCAAUAGAUGGUGAAUCGAUUGUUCAUAUACCAUCUGACAUUUUGAUUAAGAAAUCUGAGACAGCUUUGGAUGACCUCAUUGAUUUCGUGUAUCCAGAUAUAUUAUCCAAUUUAUCCAUUGAAAAUUAUUUCAAGGAUAGAGUAAUUCUUGCACCAACUUUGGAUUGUGUCACUGAUGUCAACAACAAGAUGACUGCAGGGUUACUUGGACAAGAAAGAGUCUACUUAAGUUCAGACUCUGUGUGUGCUGAAGAGGGAAAUAUGGAAUUUGAGUUAGAUGCUUUCUCGCCAGAGAUUCUAAAUGGAAUAAAUUGUUCAGGUCUACCACCACACAAGUUGGUUCUGAAGGUUGACGCUCCUGUUAUGUUGCUGCAGAAUAUAGACCAAACUAAUGGUUUGUGCAAUGGAACGAGGUGCAAGUUAGAAGAAUGGAAAAUCAUGUGA